AUGCAAGCAAGCGUAGUUUUAAAGCUUUCUCUCGCAAUAACACUCCUUGCUCUUGCUGUAUUACAGAACAUUAUUGGUGGAAGACAAAUAAUUUCUCACUCAUUUGUUUAUAAAAAAGAAAAUCAAGAAGAUGAAGAUGUUGAAAUCACUUUUGAUAUGACAUUUCCAAUAAUAAAACGUAAUGUUUCUAUUGAUUUAGUCAGUAAAGCUGAGAAAUAUAUGAAAUUACCAACAUGGUCUGCUGGUUAUAUUAAUUGUACGAAUUCUUCAAGCGAAGUAUCAUGUUAUGAAAUAACCAGAGCAUAUAAUUCAAUAAAAAAGUACGAAGAAUUGGUUAAAUCAGGAAAAACAAAAGGAAGCGUAUUAUUAUUUACGGAAAAAUACGAAAGAGAAGAUAGAAUGUCAAUGUUAUAUCAGGGAUUAUCGAUUGCAAUGGCAACAGAUAGAUUAGUUUACGUUAGAAAAGAUCUUUUCCCUUUUGAUUUACCAAAAUCAAUCCAAGAUUUGCAGAAUAGCACCGAUAUUAUCAAUGGUUUUGAAUUAGAUACAGAUUACAGAUUCGGCUGCGCCAAUAUUAGUAAUGCACAUCCACAAUUAAUAAUUAAAAAUAUAACUUGGCCUCAAGUGAUGUAUACACACGAAGUAGUAGCUCCUUACCUUAGAAAUAAUUUCGGUUUUCAUGCUGCUUACUUCCUUGGCAAUUAUUUAUUCGGUUCAGAGGAAAAAACAUUAUUAAAUUGCAUAAAUCAGUUUACUGAUUAUGGUGUUGAAGCCAAGAAAUUUGAGGAUUACUCAGUACUUACACCUGGUGGCUUUCAACGCUACAUUGGCCGAUGCGGAGCAACAGAAAAAAUAUUAAUGGUAACAAACUCUCAAAGUUCUAUAAUUUCCAAUAAUGUUGCAGAAGAUUAUAAAGUUACCGAUGAUAAUACAUUUGUUUGCGGUCUUCGCAAAUUAGUUUCAUCCAAACACGUCAUUCAUACAUUUGGAUCAAGAUAUGGAUGGUGGGCAAUGGCAAUGCAUGGAAACAAAGGUGGAUUUGUUAAUUCAAUUGAUUUUCUCUGUAUCAAUGUUAAUGUUUCUCAAUCUGCUUCACUUUGGCACACAUAUUGUCCUAGAAAUAGAGACGAUAUCUUCAGAACAAAUAAUAGACUUUAUAUUUGUGGUCCUAAUAGCAUGGAUGUUAGAUUGUAUAUAGAUUAUCUUUUGUGGUAA